CAUGCAUCAUGGAGUACAUGAUACAAUUUGGCUUAUCUUCAGAAGACAAAUAGAGGCAGAUUAAAAGAUCUUUCAAAACUCUUCUCCAAGAAUUAGUACUGAUUUCUUAACCUUGAAUACUGAAAGCAAGGUGUUAUAUGUACUUUCACUUUGUGGUGUUAUAAUCUAUAAAAACAAUGAAGCCUCUGAAAUGCUGGCGCUGAAGUGAGCACUACGCCUGUUCUUCACAUACAGUAAUUAAUGAACCUUAGCUUCAAAGCCAAACCCGGCCACCAAACUCUAUUAGUUCCAUCAGCUCUGUAUACAUACACAUUCAAGUGGUCAUGUACAUUCCGGCACCACCGAUCAUGGUCCGGCAGGAGCACAUCACUACUACAUGGAUCUCAUACUUCACCCUAACCACAGCCAUACUCACCGGAGCCACAGGCGUAAACUGGGGAACCAUGGCAUCUCACCAGCUACCCCCAUCGACAAUUGUUCGCAUGCUCAAAGACAACUACAUCAACAAAGUAAAACUUUUCGAUUCCGACCCUUCCAUAGUUACCGCCUUUGCUAAAACCAACAUCGAGCUCAUCCUCGGCAUUCCCAACAACCAACUUAGCCAUUUAGCCAAAGACUACAACAAUGCCAAGAACUGGAUCACAAACAACAUCACCCAAUAUCUCAACACCGGUCAUUACAACAUCAAGUACAUCGCCGUCGGCAAUGAACCAUUCCUUCAAAGCUACAAUGGAGCAUUCAUGGACGUAACACUCCCAGCUCUCAAAAACAUCCACCGAGCUCUUAUCGACGCCAACAUCGCACACCAUAUCAAACCGGUCGUCCCACUCAAUGCCGAUGUCUACAACUCUCCGACCACCAACCCUUUGCCAUCGGCCGGUAACUUCCGGUCGGACAUCCACAAGCUCAUGCUCCAACUAGUGCACUUCCUCAACUUCAUCCACUCCCCUUUUAUAGUAAACAUCUACCCCUUCCUCAGCCUUUAUCAAAACCCCAACUUCCCCAUCAACUUUGCCUUCUUCGACACAAAAACAAAACCUUUAAACGACUCCGGUGUGAUCUACACUAAUGUAUUCGACGCGAACCUUGCGACACUCAAGUGGUCUAUAAAAAAAGCCGGCGUGCUCAACAUGCAAGUCAUCAUCGGAGAGAUUGGUUGGCCUACUGACGGCUACGUGCAUGCCAAUGUGAAACUAGCCAAAAGAUUUUACAUUGGAUUCUUAAGUCAUAUUAGGAACAAACACAAAGACAUGCAAGUGUAUAUCUUCUCACUAAUGGAUGAGGACUUGAAGAGUGUUUUGCCAGGCAAUUUUGAGAGACACUGGGGGAUAUUCACUUAUGAUGGUAAACCAAAGUUUGAACUGGAUUUGAGUGGGCUUGGGAGAGAUAAUAAUAAUAAGUUGGUUGGAGCGAAAGGUGUUGAGUAUUUGGGCGAGCAAUGGUGCGUGAUGGAUGAGGACAUGGCUGGGAGUUUGGUGGAGAAGGUGCCUGCAAGUGUGGACUUUGCUUGUUCCAAUGCUGAUUGCACUGAGCUUGGGUUUGGUUGCUCUUGUGAAGGGUUGGAUCAAGAGGGGAAUGUUUCUUAUGCUUUUAAUGCUUAUUUUCAAAGCCAAGAUCAAGAUGAAAGAGCUUGUGAUUUUCAAGGCUUGGCUAAGAUUGUUAAGAAGAAUGCAUCCAGAGGUACUUGUGUUUUUCCUGUUCAGAUUGUUAGUAAUAGUGCUGUGUGGUUGUGGUUAGCUUGGUGGGUGGUGCUUGUGGAGAUUUUAUUUUAUUUUAUUUUAUUUUAUUUCUAAUUUUAU